CAAUUUGUUUGUUCACAUAUCCCUCUCUCAAGGAGAACCCAAAAUCAACAACUUUUUUUUUCUUCACUCUCUGUCUCUCUCGCUUCUAUGCCAUGGCUUUUUCAUACUCCUUAACUUCGGCUUCACCAAAUUCGACUCUCUCCUAUUCCAAUAUCCAUCAAUUUCCGAACCCUUCUUCUUCGUUUCCCGUCUCGUUAUCGGUCUCAUCCCCGAAUAACACCCGCCAUCUUCGUCUCCUCAUCACCUCCGCUUUGAAUCCACAGACGGGACAGCCGACGAAGAAAGCCUCGACUAGUAGUGCUAGUGGUAGUGGUGGUGCGAACAAGAAACGGAAGAAAAAGGGGAAAACUGCGAAUCCUAAGGAGGAUUGGGAAUUGCGAGAUGCAGAUGCUCUUGAGGUAUAUGAUGAUGAUGGUUCCGAUUCUUCUUCUUCCUCUCCUCCUACCAUACCCAAACCACCUGCUGGGUUCGUGAUUGAUGAAUCUGGUAGGGUUCUUAUGGCCUCUAAGAAGCGAAUCGCCACUGUGGUUGAUCCAACAAACAAUAGCCCUUUGGACUGUGUGAUAAGAAGAGUAUUUUCAAGUAGUAAAGGAGAGGAGUGUAUGCUUCUUUGCCCUGUGGAUACGCCAGUUCAGAUUUUGAAGAGCACAAAUAUAGAUGGUUGGUCAGCUGUCAGUGAUGAAGAGGUUGAAUCUCUUCUUCCUGCUGCUGCUUAUGCUCUUGCAAAGAUCCAUAUGCAUCUAGUACACAGCGGAUUCUGUUACACUGCAAGGGGAGGCUUUUGCUACACGGAAGAUAAUGUCUUCGAUUUUCGCACAGAUGAUGGCCAAGAUGUUGAAGGCUUGCCAACUGAAGGGAUUGAGAUUACGUGUUUCCAUCUGGAUGGAUCACACUAUAUGGUCUACACGCCUUCAGAUCCACUUCUCUUUGUUGCUGCCAAGGAUCCGAAUGGGCUGCUGCAAAUUGCUGAUGAUGAGCUUUUAGAUGAUCCAGGCGUGAUCAGUGCCAUAGACGAGGAAACCGAAUUCAAUGCCUUGGUGGAGGAAGAGGCGGCUCUUCUGGAAUCACUGCUUGGGGAAAGAAUUUAAAGUUUUUCAUAGGGACCUUUUUUAGCUUUCUUUUUCAUGUUCCAUAAGUUUCAGUUACUUGUGAUUUAUUCCUCUUUAUUAUUUUUUAUAUGUAAAAACUAAUUUUCCGUUUGCAAAUCUCUUAUGGAGUCAUCUUUUCGGAAUGGAAUGUUAUUUGGGUUGGAUCAUUUGUAAGAUACAUUA